CCGGAAGUGCGUGGGUGAUCAGCUACCAUCAUCAGUCUCUUAAACAAAAGUUGAUGAAGGUUUCACAGCAACUUUACUGUAGUCUACUUCUCCGACCGCUGACAUGUCUGCAAUGAAUAGCUGGUGGAUUCCAUGCAUUGUUUUACUACAUUCCGCUUAUUUGGGAUCUUGUGAUUCAGACUCUGGAAUAGCAGAUGGAGCCCAGCCUGAGCUCUUCAUUUUCCACCAGUCGUGCGCCCUGAAGAAGGACGAAGGGCCCUGCAAGGCAUUAAAGGAGCGUUUCUACUUCGACAUUGACACGGGCCGCUGUGAGGCCUUCGAGUUCGGCGGCUGCAGAGGCAACGCCAACAAUUUUGAGACCUUGGAGGCGUGUGAGGAAAUGUGCCUGGUGUCUGUUGACAAGAGUCCCUGUCACCUGGAGGAGGCUCCGGGGCCAUGUCGAGGUCUGGUGACUCGCUACUUAUUUGACAACCAGAGCCAGGAGUGCAAGCAGUUCUACUAUGGAGGCUGCUUCGGCAACGCCAACAACUUCAAGAGUAUGAAAGAGUGCCGGGCUAGAUGCCAGAACCCAGAAAACCCCACUGUGGCCCUUAGAUUGGAUGUGGCCCCUAAAUUGAAGGACACCGUCCCACAACCCCAUAGCCAGCCCAGUGUGCAGUCUCUCAAAGUAACUGACUUCAAUCCUCCGGACUUGUGUCUCAGUCCCAUUGACAGGGGCACAACAUGUGAUGGAGAGGAGAGAACUGAGAGGAGAUACGUGUACAACCCCAAGACAAAGAGAUGUCAGUCGUUGCGCUACAACGGCUGCGGGGGAAACAAGAACAACUUUGUCCACAAGAGACACUGCAUGAAGAUGUGUUUGAAGCCAGAUCAGCGUCACAAAGGGAAGGUCAUUCGUAUAAAGAAGAAGAACAGCAACAUCUUGUUUCGAUCUGUCUAAAUCAAGGCUUCAUAUUAAACCCUUCCUACUUCCUAUUAAACCCUACUUCCUAUUAAACCCUUCCUACUUCCUAUUAAACCCUUCCUACUUCCUAUUAAUAUUAAACCCCUCCUACUUCCUAUGAAACCCUUCCUUACUUCCUAUUAAACCCUUCCUACU